UAGCGAAAUUAAUGACAGUUUGUGCCUGAAAAGUAGCAUGUCACUAUGGUGCACUACACUAUAUUGCUUUCUGUGCGUGUGUGAAUGUUUUAUCACUCAUUGGAUUAGGCCACAAGAAGAGGCUGAAGACGUUGGUUCCUCUCCCGUCGGCUGCUACACAUCGUCAACAAACGUGUCUGCAAGCAUAUCUGACAGACGUCCACUCGACAGCUCGUCACCUCCCCUGGCGCCUUCCACCUCACCGUAGUCCGACUGCAGGCUCGACAGUGAAAUGGCUUCAGUGUCUGAGCACAGUGGACUGUGCCACGCGGGAGAAGGCGCUGCAGUGUGGCGUACGAGCAUUGACGACUUGCCUGAGGAGAUACUGAUAAAGAUCUUCUCUCACUUGUCUUUCACUGAGCUAGUGGACGUGGUAUGGAAAGUGUGCCGUCGUUGGAGAAAGCUGUCGCGAGAUUUGAGGUUGUGGGCUGACAAGGAAUACCAUGUCGGGGUCUCGAGGCACUGCAACUCGGAGAACUGUAAGAGCGGCAGGACCGAGCGGGAGGCGAUGCGUAUCUUCCGCAGUGCCCGAAACCUGCGUAAAGUACACAUGUGGUGCGCCGUCAGCCCCCACGUCAUCGACGUGCUCUGCGACAAAUGCCGGAGACUCGCAGAUCUCCGCCUGCACGCCGCCCAGAAGCUUGGCUAUUCGACGGUGAAGAACUCGGUCGAGCAGUGCUCCGGGAUACACGUGCUGACGGCACCCGAUGAGCUACUGAAGACCGAGAAAUUUUCAGAGGCGGUGUCGCGUCUGCAGCACCUCCGUGUGCUGUGUCUGCAAGAGAGAUACGUGGGGACGACUUGCGUCCUGCGUCCUUGUGUGCUGAGACCUUUGGGUGACGGGUGCCCCCGACUGGUCGAGAUUGACUUCGGACGUAUGUCUGUCGAUACGGAUGAUCUGAAGUACUUUCUGAAUGCCAAGAAGAACACCCUAAAGUGCUUACGAAUAAAGUGGUCGGUGGGUGGAACGAGGCACGUCAUACCGUUGCUGCCGGUAUAUGCCGACAGCUUGGAACGUCUGGAACUUUAUGAGUACGACAUAGUCCGCAACUCGGCCAGAGAGGCGUUCACUACCGUCGGAAGCUUGAAGCACUUGCGGGAACUCAGGAUGUCCGUCCCCGAUCGAAUACCGCCCGGAACAGCUGCUCUGGCUUUUACGAAUGGAGGACUGCCACAACUGAAAGUGCUGGAUCUACCACACGGAUACGGUGUGGAAGAUAACACAGUAAUUGCCAUCAGCCACGGAUGUCCCGGUUUGCGGCAGCUCUCCGUCACUCACGCUACGAAGCUGUCGCCUGCUGCCUUCUCGGAGAUCGACCGUCUAGAACAUCUUGAAAUGGAGCUGAGUGUCGAAGGGUGCCCAGGUGACCCCAGAGCCACAGACGGGCUGACCGAGCAGAUGCCCAAUCUCGUAAUCCGCGGCACGGUCCACGCUGAGCUACAGCCUUUCUACUUCGAGGCACUCGAGGACGUAGGGCCCGGCGAAGCAGACGAAGCGGUGGACGACCGUUCGGAGAGUGACGAAGACGGCGACAGUGAUAGUAGCGUCGGCGGCAGUGACAGUGAGAGAGGUUGAGAGCACUAUAUCUGUAUGUAUAAAAAUAAUGUGAAAUUUAUAGGAAAGUACAAUUCUCAGUACUUGUCAACAUAAGCGGAAACUGUUUUGAAGGAAUAUAACAAAUAAUUUUAGAAAUGUGUAGAAGAAACAGUAAUGUUGUUUGAAUACCUGCUGUAAUAAUCUGCAAUAAUGUUUGAUUCUUGUUGUAACAACAAUGGAUUCACAAUGAAACAAAUUUUUUAAAUGAUAAAAUGGCUACACAGAUCAGCAGUUACUUCUGUAAAAUAUCUGGGAGUGUGCGUACGGAACGAUUUGAAGUGGAAUGAUCAUAUAAAAUUAAUUGUUGGUA